AAUGCUAUGGGGAAAUUAAUUGGGGAUGGAUUUAUCUGUAACACGCGGGAAAGGGCGCUGUAAAUUAUUUUGAGAUUUGCUUAGUUCGUUAUCUUCUCAUGGCACCAAAUGCCUAUUUGCGGGCCUCGAAGCAUGAAAGCCCAGAAACGCAAAUCGAGCACCCCAGAACCACGGCCCAUGCGUUCUAAAGCCUUAAAGAGGGAUGAGACAACCUGUGCCCCCCAGAUCUCCAAAGGUGGUCCACUCUGCACUCUCUCUGUUAACAGACAUAUCUCCAUUUCCACCCCGGCUAAGGGAAAGGGCUCUGGGAUGACGGUCCCAGAUGGGCUGUCACCAAUGAGACACUCUCCCAGGUUCAAGCAGAGGACCAUUGCUUCAGGCCAGCUUAAGAAUGGGGAGGAUUGCCAGCUAUCUCCCAGCCCCUCUGAGGCAGAGGAAGAGGACACAGAACUGGGCCUGGUAAUCACCUUAGAUGGAGAGGAUUGUGGGGGCCAGAGGCUGUCAACGAGGAAGAGCAGUUCGAAAAUGAAGAGCACUUUAGACAAUGGGCAGGAAGAGGGACACUCCGUGGCUGGAAAAAAGUCGUCGGAAGAUUCAUCCAGUGACAGUGAGGAGGAUGAGUUUGAGCAGCUGGAUAUGGAUCUGGAGAGGAAGUCACAGCAACACAACUUGACCUCCGUCAACGUACGGACCAUCCUCCAUGAGGUGAUAACCAACGAGCACGUAGUGGCCAUGAUGAAAGCAGCCAUCCAGGAGACGCAGGACCUACCCCUAUUUGAGCCCAAGAUGACCCGCUCCAGACUGAAGGAGGUGGUAGAAAAGGGGGUGGGCAUCCCCACUUGGAAUAUUUCUCCUAUCAAAAGGGCCCUUGAAGUGAAGCCCCCCCAGUUUGUUGACAUCCCUCUGGAGGAGGAGGAGGACUCCUCUGAUGAAGAGUACUGCCCCGAUGAGGAUGAGGAGGAUGAGACUACAGAGGAGACGUUUUGGAGUGAUGUGGACAGCACAGCCUCGUCCCCACGGUGUGCCCGAGGGACGCGGCCCAGGACCCCUGGACACUCUGAGUGUGAAGAGGACAGAUUUGACAGUCCCAGACAGAAGCCAAGGCAGCCCAGACAUCUGAGGGUAGACACUGUUCCUAUGGGGCCCCCUCCGCCCCCGUCCUCCACUGGUCCCUCCCGGCCCCUCAGGGCCCAAGACUGCACAUUCCUGGAGAAGCUUCACGCAGUGGAGGAAGAGCUGGAGCUCAGCCCCAUCUGCACCGAACCCUUCCAGCCUCUGACUGGAGGUGCAGGGUCUAGCCUGGUGGCAUGUCGUACCCGCUCCAAACGGACCCUGAGGAACGUGCCCCUGGGCAAGCUGGAGGCGGAGCUACAUGCCCCUGACAUCACGCCUGACAUGUACGACUACAGCUUGGCCUUGGAGGACCGCGACUGGAGCGAGUGGCUGCAGGGCCUCAUGACAUCCGACAUGGAGAAUGAAGAAGAGGGUGAUGAUGAUGACGACCCAGAGUAUAAUUUCCUGGAGGAUCUGGAUGAGCCUGACCGAGAGGACUACAGGAACGACCGGGCCGUACGCAUCACCAAAAAGGAAGUGAACGAGCUAUUGGAGGAGCUUUUCGAGACGUUCCAGGAUGAUGAGCUAAUAGUGAAUGGGCAGGAUGACGAUGGGCACGAAGAAGAUGAAGAGAGGGAGGAAGCUGCUCCACCCCCGAGUGCUCCACAAUUCAAUGUUCCACAAGCCAUUCGGUUUCAGGAGCCACUGGCUAACAUGCUAACAGAGCGGCGGCGUACUGUGAGGGAGCAGAUGGAGGCUCUGCAGCAGAGGAGAGCCCUCCAGGAGACCCCUGGCCGUUCCACCCCCAUGGUCACGGUAUCACCCCCCAUGGUGCUGCUGCCUCCUCUGCCCUGCCCUGUCCUCACGCUCAACCACACCCAGAAACUCCAGCUCCAGCAGCAAGUCCAACAGCACAUACAGCUGCUGACCCAGGUGCACCUGCUGUGCAGCCCUGUGGAGGCCUUGCACCACAAGGCCCACACCACCAAACAAUACCUGGAGGAGCUCCAGACGUUUGCCCAGCGUGCGGAGGCGAUCAGGUCAGUCCGGGACCCAGGCUUCAGCAGCAUCUUCAGGGCCUGUAACCUCCAGGGGGCACUGUCUCUGGUCCAGGAGCAGGAGAGCUCUGUCUCGCCAUCCGCUCCUUCUCCUCCAACCCCCCCUGCCAGGCCUCAAACACGCUAUAACAAUGUGCGUACAUACCCUCUGCUGCAUGCUGAGACGGCCUGGCUGCUCGCCACCCGCUCCGUCUUCCUCUACCCAGAGCUCCUGCCCCACUGCAGCCUGGACCCCGCACUGCACCCUCCACGCACCAAGAACAACUUCUACACACGCGGAGAGGACAGGCUCAUUGUACUUGGGCUGAAGCACUUCAGCCAGACAGAGCUCCCCUACCAGCUCAUGUGUCGCUACCUCAUCCGUACCAAGAAGCAGGACCAGCUACGCUCCCGUGUCAAGGAGCUGUGUGGCCACAAGGCAUCUGACAACGCUAUCAAGUUGUACUGUCAGCACAACAUAGUUCCUGCCAUGCAGGAGACCUGUGGCAGGGUGAUGCCAGGGGAGGAGCGCCCCCCAGUGGAGAGAGAGAUGUCCGUCAUGCCCAACUGGCUACGGAAGAGUCUACCAUUCAUCCACAGGGCGGUGAUGGAGUACAAUAAACCAAAUGGAAAAUCUCCAUCCAGAAUACCUCCACCUCCUCCAGCACCUCCUUACACGUUCGCCAAUGGGACGCGAUAUCCCCCAUCUCUCCCUAGAAAUGUCAUCCUACGCCUACACCCCUGCAUGAACUACAAAGGCGAGCGCCCACCCAUCGCCCCUAAACCUCGUCCCUUCUACGCUUUCACCCAUUCUGCCCCGCUUACGCCCCUAGCCAAAGCCCUGCCAGAUACACUCCGCUUUCCUGGACCUAUCCCCUCACAAGGGGUUAUCCUAUUGGCCAAGGCCCCCAGCACUCCAAUCCAAAGGGCCCUGCCAUUGUCCCAGGCUCCUGUCACUCCUGCCCAUGGAGCAGUGCCAUUGGUUCAGGUCUUACCCUCCAUUCCGGUGGGAGCCCCCCUCUUUGUGAUGCAAACGAGUCCCAAUCAAACAGAGAAAAAAACACCCUACCGGGCACCGUUUCGCAAACUGCUGCCCAUCCAGCCGGCUACCCCAAAGCCAUCACCCCCACCCCCCUUGUUUGCUCUUCCAGCAGAGAAUGGUGGUAUUCCCUCAUUGGUCACUAACUCAGCCCGUCGUGCCUGUGCUGCUCCAAGAUUGGCCAAGCGACCCUCACGCUCCACCCCUUCCCACCAGGACACUCAGGCUAAGACCAGAGCAGCUCUCGCCCGUACUCUGCCCAGGCCCCUCCUGCCUGCCCCACCCAGCUUGGAAGUUUCCCUGAACUAUCCCCCCACACCCCCUGAUAGCAGGCUCCAGCUCAAGUCUAGCCCUGUGUUCUUCUCUGACACGCCCUCCCCUCCCCUUAGCAUCAAAACCAGCCCUAUGAACCCCUCCCUCGACAAUCAGAACAGCACCUGGGGGCAACCAAUCCAUGCAGAGGUCAAAGAUGAAGUUGGGUUUGACCCAUCCUUAACAUACUCCCAAAACCUUUCUGGAUACACCCCGAACAUUACUAAUACAGACACUUUCACACUCCAGUCUAGCAGCUCCCAUGCUAUUAUGUCUCCGUCAAUCAUCCAGAGCCUCUCAGCCCCUAAGAAUGACCAGUAUGUACUGGUACAAACUGCGACCCAUGGUUCUAUGCAAAUGCUAUGGGUGCCCAAAAACUGCCUGGUCUCAAACGGGUCCGUGUCAUCCAGUGCUUCAGAGAAUGGGUUUCACCAGUCUGAAAGCCUCCCGUUUAGUCUGUCGCCUGCACCCCAACACAAUAUUACUGGGUUAACGAAUGGCAUACCUUCCUGCCUCUGGCCACUCACCACUUUACCUAAUGGCACAAUAGGCUACCAGCAGGCACUGAGUGUCCGGUUGCCCAGCAACAGUGUUCUGACCAGCGGAGAUGCUUCCGGGUCGAGUUUAGAGGAGCAGCUGCACCGAUUGGUGGAGGGAUUACGGGAAGAGGGGGAGCUGGAAGAGAAGGAGGGAUGGGGGGAUGUGGAGGGUCCUCUCCUGACACUUUCUGAGUCACCCUCUGGGAGCCCCUGCUCCAGCCUGGAAAGCCAUGCUGACGCCCUGGAGAGAAUGAUGGUUGGUGAAAUGGAGGGAGGGGAGGAUGGGGUGGAGAAUAACAGGAUAGGGGGAGAAGAAGAGAGGAGAGAGGUGGGGCUAGAGAGGUGGUGCAUGGCAGCUACAUCAACACACAUACCUGACAUACCACCUGAGGGAAAUCGCGGUGAAGAGGAUGAGAGAAGGGAAGAAGAGGAGGGAGAUUGUGGUGUGCAUGGCAUGGGCAUGCUGAGUGGAAGGACUGUAGCACAGGAACAAACUGGAGGAGGAGGAGAGAAGAAUGGUGGAGAAGAGGGUGACCAAAGAGAAGGAGACAGUGGAAGAGGGGGAGAGGAGGAGAAAAACAGAGAGCAGGGUGAAGAUGGAAAGGGAAGUGGAGAGGGGGAAGAAGAGGGAGAAAGAGAUGGAGGACAGAAUGGAGGAGGAGAGAAGGAUGGAGAGAAAGAUGGGGAUGGAGAACAGGAGAGGCAAGGGGAGGAGGAGGAAGAGGAAGACUUUGAUGACCUUACUCAGGAUGAAGAUGAAGAGGAAGUGAUGUCAUCAGCCUCAGAGGAGUCUGUUCUCUCAGUGCCCGAGCUGCAGGAGACCAUGAAGAAGCUGACAUGGCUGGCCUCAGAGGGGAGGCUGUGUGACUCUGAGGAGGACAACUCUCCAAACUCCCCCGUCUCCCAGAACUCCCAGGAGGAGAACUCUGAGGAGGAGGAGGGGCCCACCAAGGGGGAGGGGCUGGAGUCUGGGGACGGCGGGGUCAGUAAGGUCCCUGGAGAGGAGGACGUGCCCCCUGGGGAGGGAACCCCCAGAGCCAGUGGGAAGGGAGCUGGACGCGGCAGAGGGCGAGGCAGGCCUCCUCGCAGUCUGAGGCGUAGUCGUCGUCCGGAGAGGGACAGUAAGGACACGUCCAAGCUGCUGCUGCUCUAUGACGACCACAUUCUAGACAAUGACCCCCUCAGAGAGAGCAAGGACAUCGCCUUUGCACAGGCCUACCUCAACAGGGUGCGGGAAGCCCUUCAGGGCGUACCUGGUAAGGUGGAGGAGUUCUUGGGGCUGCUAUAUGAGUUUGAGCAGGAGGGUGAGGGGCGCAGCGCAGUGGAGCUCUUCUCCCAGCUUCGUCCUGUCCUGGGGGAAUGGCCAGACCUCCUCAGAGACUUUGCGGCCUUCCUCCUCCCGGAGCAGGCUUUGGAGUGUGGCCUGUUUGAGGAGCAGCAGGCAUUUGAGCGGAGUCGACGCUUCCUGAGGCAGCUGGAGAUUAGUUUUGGGGAAAACCUGUCUCACUACCAGAAAAUUGUACGUGCUCUGCAGGGGGGACCUGGCCUCAGUCCUGCCAGCAUAGAGGAGCUUAAAGCACAGAUGUCCUCCCUCCUGAAAGGCCACACCCACUUGCAAGGGGAAUUCUGGGUAUUCUUUGAUGAGCUCCGCCCACCCUCAGCCCGUCCAGGGCAGUUUGAGGAGGCUUGUUGGCCAGAGGAGGCAGGGGGCGGAAUAGACGGAGGCGAGGGUGUUGGCUUGGGGUCAGGGGGAGGGGCAAGUGGUGGUUUUGAAGAAGUGACCCUCCCUGAUCUAGAGGAAGAAGAGAUUCCACCAAUGACAGGUCGCAGCCGGAGGAGAAAGAUGGGUUCUCAUGGCAUCUACAAGGAGUGUGAUUGGCCAGAAAAGGACUGCUUCUGCCUCUGUCAUGGUGCCAGCCAUGAUGCCAAGCUUCGCAGACACAAGAGGAAAGGAUGCUCUCGCUGCCAUGGCAACAAGGCUUCCGAUGGCAUCCCCAGGGCGAUGAAGAGCCUUGACCCCUUGUACCCCACAGCAACCAGCCCCACAGCCAACCUCCACACUGAGACAGGCGGGGAGGAGAGGGAGGAAGAGAGGGAAGACGAGAAAGAGGAAGAGAGGGAGGAAGAGCAAGAGGUGGACGCUGAAGUUAAAGAUGAAGUCGACAGUGGGGCCAACAGUCCACAUCCUGGAAAGCAAGGAGCCCCUUCAUGGGAUGGUCCUGAGGAAGGCUCACUCCCCCUCACUGAGGAGAAGGAUGAUGAUGAGGAUGAUGAGGAGGAGGAUGAGGGAGAGUGGAAGGAUGGGGAGAGAGAACACAGCCCCUCGCCAAAGAGGAGUAAGGGGGAUGGAGAAAGCUUGGGGGUGUCUGAAGGCCCCACAACAGCCUUUAGCGGGGAGAUGGAGAACCCCCUGACCCCCCUGCAGCCUUGUCCCAGCCCCUCUUCCGAUCCCCCGGUGUGUGCCAAAAACAUCUCCCUCACUGCCAGUGGGGAGAAGGUCAUACUCUGGACAAGGGAGGCUGACCGUGUCAUUCUAACCACCUGUCAGCAGCAAGGUGCCAAUCAGAGUACUUUCCAGGCAAUUUCCACCCAACUUGGCAAUAAGACACUCAAUGAGGUGUCUCGGCGGUUUCGGGACUUGAUGCGCCUGUUCCACACUGCUGCCCGCCAGGUCAACUUGGAGGACGAAGCUGUGACCACUGAACAGCAGACAGUCACAGAUGAGGAGCAGGACUGAACUUGACAGAACCAACCCAAAAAGGACAGAACUAAGUUCAGACACUUCAAAGGAGAGGAGCAGAGAAGAUACUUGACUGCAGUAUAUUCAUACUAACCAGUUCAAGGCUGGUGAAAUCUGGAAGCAACAUUGAGGGCAUAUGAACGCUUUUAACAAACUCCUAUCAGAAUCAUCCGAGCCUUCACUGAGCUGAAGCAACACCAGCAGCUCGAAAGAUGGCAGCUUUUCAAUUUUACCAUAACCAAUUUUGACAGUGAACACUGUAACUGUACAUCACUAAUUUAUUGAAAGAAAUACACCCUUUGUCUAAAAGUUAUCACUCAAAUGCACAACUGAGGGACGAGGGAACAUAGUCUCUUAGUGUGGCAAAAGUUGUAUAAAUACUAUAAAUAGACAAUUGGUGUUUAGUCCAAUAAUGUACAUGUUUUUUUUUUAAUACUUUUUUCAAUUCCCUGAGUUGUGCAUGUAUGGCACAAUAUGGGAAUUUUGCACGGUAAUACUACCUGUACAAGAGUUAUAUAUUUUAUACAAAAUAAAUGUAAUUUAUCUGUU